AAUAACCAUGAAUUAAUUGGUUGUUAAAUUACUCAACAUAAUAAAAUAAUAGUUGUGAAAUGUCGCAAAUAAUAUAGUAAAGGAAAACGAAAGCACUAUGGAGGUUUUCCAAACGGAUACACAUUACAUUUUUGUGAAACGCGAUAAGAGUCUCUGGUGGAAUCGCAAAACAUCGGAAUUCACAAUAAAGCCAGCAUGGGAUCUCAGCUCGGUGGAAGACAUUGAAUGUAUUGGUGUCACGCAUGGCAUUGUGGGUGUCAUCUCGCUGCCCAACGUUUAUGAGCCACAUUUGGUGGUCAUUAAGGAGGCAACAGCUGUGGGCGUACUUUAUCCGCCGCACUUGGUGUAUAAAAUCAAAUCCAUUUGCGUGCUCAGUGCUGAUGAGCCGGACACUGAGCUGCCCAACUGCACCAAGCAUACCAAAAGCAAUAGCAGCACGCCGACGCACAGCGCCUCAUCUAACAACAAUAAUGGCAGAACAGCAGCUGCUGCACCUGGCUCAAAGAGCACGAAACUCUUUGAGGGCAUGAACAAAACUUGGGGAGCUGUCAAGAGUGCUGGCAAUACGAUCAAGAACACCACACAGCAGGCGGCCAAUUUGGCCACCAAGCAAGUGAAGAGUUCGGUGGGCAUAAAAGAGCCAAAGCACAUUGAACGACGCAUAACCGAGGAGUUGCACAAGAUAUUCGAUGAUACGGAUAGCUUCUACUUCAGCUUCGAUUGCGAUAUUACCAACAAUCUGCAGCGUCAUGAAGUGAACGCAGACGAUAGGCAGCCACAGCCUGAUGAGAGAUUCUUCUGGAACAUGCACAUGAUUAGCGACAUACUAAAGAUGAAUGAUAAAACAUGGAUAUUGCCCAUUAUUCAAGGCUUUGUACAAGUGGAAGCGUGUGUUAUUGGCAACGAUUGCUUCACCUUGGCUUUAGUCUCGCGGCGUUCGCGUCAUCGUGCGGGAACACGAUAUAAGCGGCGUGGCGUAGAUGAUAAAGGCAAUUGUGCCAACUAUGUGGAGACGGAGCAGAUACUCUCCUUUCGCCAUCAUCAACUGUCCUUUACGCAGGUGCGUGGCUCGGUGCCCAUUUACUGGAGUCAACCCGGUUACAAGUAUCGUCCCCCGCCGCGUCUUGAUCGCGAUGUAGCUGAAACACAGCAUGCUUUUGAUCUGCACUUCACCAAAGAGCUGUCCAUCUAUAAGCGCGUGUGCAUCGUUAAUCUUGUGGAGCAGAGUGGCAAAGAGAAGCUGAUUGGAGACGCUUAUGCAAAGCAUGUGAUAAAAUACGACAACGAACUCUUAAUCUAUGUCACAUUUGAUUUCCACGACUAUUGCCGCGGCAUGCGCUUUGAGAACGUCUCGGCCUUGAUUGAUGCAGUUGCACCAGAGGCAGGCGCCAUGGGCUUUCAUUGGCGAGAUCAGCGCGGCAUGAUCUGCAAUCAGAUAUCAGUAUUUCGUGUCAACUGCAUGGAUUGCCUGGAUCGCACCAAUGUAGUGCAAACGGCUUUGGGAAAAGCUGUGCUGGAGUCACAGCUGGUUAAGUUGGGACUAUCCCCACCUUACUCGCCAAUACCAGAACAACUGAAAUCACCAUUUAUGGCGCUGUGGGCAAAUAAUGGAGACAUUAUCAGCAGACAGUAUGCGGGUACCAAUGCACUAAAGGGUGAUUACACGCGAACGGGCGAGCGUAAGAUUAGUGGAAUGAUGAAAGACGGAAUGAACUCGGCAAAUCGCUAUUUCAUACAAAAGUUUGCCGAUACAUACCGUCAGUGUAUUAUCGAUCUGAUGCAAGGCGAACUGAGGCAGGCGUCUGAGCUGCAAGACGAUCCAAUCCUAGAGACCAUUGUGCACAUACUUUUACCCGAAUCCCGUGCACCUUUGCGAGGCUAUUACAGCGCAGGCGUCCUGGGACCUGAGCUCAAGUUGAUCGAAUCGCUUGUAUCGAACAGCUACUAUCUGGCCCGAUUCAAGGAUUCAUAUCGACAGGCCACCAUAGAUUUAAUGCUGGGUAAUCAAGUGUCCUCAGAGUCGCUCAGUGCCUUGGGUGGCCAAGCGGUGCCUGAUGAAAAUGAUGGCGAAAGCGCUGAACAAGCCAAGAUGUUGGUCGAGGAUUGUCGCCGGUUGUUGUUAAGCUCCGAGCAAUAUCCCGUAGGCGCUUGGGGCCUUAUCGAUGCGGAUCCUAGCUCUGGUGAUGCCAAUGAAACCGAAGUGGACUCUGUGUUGCUGCUAACAGAUGAGUGCUAUAUUGUGGCCGAAUACGAUUCGCAUCUCGAUAAGAUUGUGCGCUUUGAGAAGGUUCCCCUAUCGCAGAUGCGUCUCAUUGAGCUGGGCAUGCAUCAACAAACGAAAAUCUUUCAAGGAUCAGCACCAGCUCAUCUCUGUUUGCGCUUGAAUUACUGUGUCGAUGAUCAAGAUGGAUACUUCCACAUGUUUCGCUCGGCCAAUUUGCGCUUCUUCAACAACGCUGCCUAUGCUAUAAAAACUCAGGAGGAACUUGCCGAAUCUCUGACAGCUAUAGUGGAAAUGUUUCGAAUUGCGCUCGAAAAUGCAGGCAAUAAAAAUGUACAGUUUGUAACUGGCGGCGUCUUGCAGAGGCGCAAGAGCAAGCUGCCUCUACUGGAUGUGCCCAAGGGAAUGCCACGCAAUCUCUCCGAAUCUCAGCUGGUGCAAUUUAGUUCCAAGGCGCUAUCGAAUGUAGCCGGUCAAUUUUCGAAACUAGGAAAUACCUUUAAGAAACCGCAAAGUGCUGCCCAGCCUAGCAAUCUUGCCGCCACAAUUAAUCCUCAAGUAAUGCGACACGGCGAAGGAACUGCUGUAGAUGUGGGCCAAGAGGCCGAGAAGGCUGUCUUUACUGUAGGCGGCAAGAAACGCUCCUCGAAUAGCACCAGCAGCACCGAUACCGAAGAACAUGACAAUAGCUUGUACGAACCCGAUGUCGACUCGGAUGUUGAGAUUGCCAUGGAUAAACCCAACUACAAUGAGAAUGCCUUUCUGCCCUCGGUGGGCAUCGUAAUGGGCAGCCAAAAGGAGCCGAAAUCAUCGAAUAGCAUGCAGCAAUUGGAGCAAAAGGAUAGCAUGGGAAAAACAUCUGAGGAUGUGCUCACCAUAUCCAUCACAACUGUGACAGAUAACGUUGGCUUGCCCAAUGGUCUGCUAGAGAACGCUCCGCCGGUGCGUCCAAUUACGCCAAAUCCGCAAAUUUAUAUUGAAGCGCAGGAGGCAAGAGAGGUGGAUGUGGAUGAAGAGUUAGUGAAGCCACUGUCAAGCGUUGCUGCCAAGGAAUUUAGUUUGCCAUUGGGUCAGCCGGCUAACUUUGAGGCUAACAAGCUAAAGCAUCUGACCAGUCCGCUCUCCAAGCUGGCCAAAGGCAUGCAAAAUAUAGGCCUUAAUCUGGAUCCACGCAAAAUUGCCACCAAGUCUGGCGUGCUUUCUCCCACAAAUACUUCGGCGGAUAAUUCUCCUACAGAGCGUGGUCCCGGCAAUCGUGAUCUGUUGCAAGAGAUGUGGACAGCGGAGCAGUGCAAGUCCAAGCUGAUUGCGCUCUAAUACAGUGAUAAACAUAUUUAUUCUUUAUUUAUUAUACAAGCUUAAGCGCAGCAAAGUUAAUUCUAGGUGUUUUACGUAGCACUUCCAUCUUUAGGGAAACUUAUAUAUUUAUUAUAUUUAUGAUACUCGAACGUACUUGCACGCGAUAUUUUGCAAUGUUUGUGAUUGUUACUAGGAUUUUACUGUAGUCCGUUGAAAGAUUGAUUUGUGCGUGAAGAGAAUAUACGCUAUACUUCCGGCAAGUUUGAAAUGCUUUACACAAUUAAUCACCAAAGAGAAAUUGCUUAAAUUAUGUAGAUUCAACGAAUAUUAAUUAUUAUUCAAUUAAAGCGAAAUUAAUACAAUGCUUAUGAAGUUAUAUAUAUACAAAAAAAAAACAUACGUACAUCGGAUUUGUAACAUUAUAACACUGAACAAACCAAAAGACAAGCAAGACAAACAAAAGACUUGGCCUUAGCUACAUUUUUUCUACACGAAACACAAUUUUUUGGCUAGCUAUAUACACACACUGCGGACAGAGAAACGAAUACGAUUUAGAGCCGAGUUCCCAGUCUUAGAUUAAGGAGAACACCAAACAAUAAUAUUUGUGAAAAGACAUAAACGUUAAACACACACAUUAUUGUAGCGCGAUGUGAUGAUGAGUAGUAGA